GCAACAGCAGCAUCAGCAGCAGCAGCAGCGGCAGCAGCAGCAGCAACAGCAACGGCAGCAGCAGCAGCAACAGCAACGGCAGCAGCAGCAACAACGGCAGCAGCAGCAGCAGCAACAACGGCAGCAGCAGCAACAGCAACAGCGGCAGCAGCAACAACGGCAGCAGCAACAGCAUCAUCAGCAACAACAACAGAGUCAUCAGCAGCAGCAGCAAAAUCAUCAGCAGCAGCAGCAACAAAUGCAAGUGGGGCGAAACAGCAACAACAACAGCAAAGGCAACAACAGCACCAGCAGCAGCAAAGUCAUCAGCAGCAGCAGCAAAGUCAUCAGCAGCAAGAGGAGAGGCGGCGGCAAGGCCAAGCGCGACAGCAGCUGCAGGAUGAGGAACUGAGUGUUGCGUUUGAUGAUGUUGAUGAGGAGGAGGGGGCGGAGCAGCAGGGGCAGCGGGUAGUCGUAGUAGAUAUUGCGGCCUUCAGCUCUAAGGAAGUUUACCCCGAUAGAGUUCUUGUGGGGUGGCGUUGCAAUCAUGAGGAAAGGCGGGAGCUGAGGAGGCAAGCGAAUAUGCGCUUGCUUGGAGGGGUGUCUCCCCUCCCCGCGACUGCGGAGGUCUCUGCACCUACGGGUUUAAGGAGAUCCAGUGAGAGCGAAGACAGCAGCGAAGACAGCAGCGAAGACAGCAGCCAGAGCAUUGGCGCGACGACGCUCUCUGGCGAGGAGGUGCCUUCAACAGUCCCCCUGCCUUACAUCCCCCCGGAGAUCUCUCUGGACCCUGCGAUGUUUGCCGCCGCGACAAAAGAUGCAGCCGCAGCAGCCCACGCCGCGAGGCCUUCCCCCGGGAAGGCGCUGGAGGGGGUCCUUAACGGCGCUUUGACGAGGCUGGAUGGGGGGAUGCAUGCGGCGAGGCGAUUGUCGGGGGGCGUCUCGGAGAAGGCAGCGCACGACGAUCCUCGGCUUGCUGGUGGGAGCGACACUGAGCAGCUGGCCUACACCGAAGGUGGCAGCGUCAGCAGGCGUAGACUGCAGGUUUUGUUGGAAGCAGCGAACACCUCUGGGGCUGUCGUGGAAGAGGUUCGCCACAUUUACAGCAGAGCGCUGCCGGGGAAGCCCAUGCGGGAGAGUUCCCCGCCGGCGAGGGCCUCCUUUGGGGGCCCCCCCCCUCACUCCGAAGAGGUGACUCUGGUGGACGCUCAGGCAUUUGCCGCCGCUGCGGCUGCUGCGGACAGCGCCACUUCCCGUCGCAUGCAGAAGCUGGCAAGGACUACCAACAAAGGAGAGGAAGGGGGAAAAGAGCAGUGGAAAAGCGAGAGCCUCCCCCUUCCGCCUAAAAGCCGCUCAGCAGCGCCCGCUUCGCUUCUUGAGUCGGAUGACCUCUGCGGGGUUGACCUCCUCACGCUGCACUUCCGCAGCAGCAACAGCAGCAGUAACAACAGCAGCAGUAGCAACAGCAGCAGUAGCAACAGCAGCAGUAGCAGUAACAGCAGUAGCAACAACGGCAGCCGAGAGAGGGAUUUAUCCUCUUUGAGGGCCUUUUUGCUGCAGUUUCUUGGAUCGGCAUACGGCAGAGACAUCCUCUUCGUUGCACCGGAUGCCCCCAUAAGGGCACAGAGGGAUGCAGCGGAGAGUGUGGGGCAGCAGGCCCCUGCAGACCAAAGUCUCCGCAAGGCGGCAGCGGGGAUCGGCAUGGAGGAGACAGUGUCUCGAGUCUCUGCAGCUGCUGCAGGAGAGCCCCUUGAGGCGUCCAGCUCUCAGCUGCUUCAGCGGAACGCGACACAAGGUCCCCGUUCGUCGGUGGCGGCAGCCUCCCCGCUGGGGGCCCCCAACGAUCCGCUGUUUGGCCUGCAGUGGGGUUUGGGGGCCUCCUUGCCUCGCGGGGGGCCCCUGGCUGCGGCGUGCGAAGCGGGCAAUGCAGCGGCUCUUCUGGGGGACGCCUGGGGUUCUCAGUGGCUAAUGAGAAAUGAUCAAGCGAGAGCGCAACUGCUUAAGGUCAGAGACCUCUGCCAAGGCGUUAGCAGAGACAUCGACAGCAGCAGCAGCAGCAGCAGCAGCAGCAGCAGCCCCUUGAUUGCUGUGGAGCGGGGCAGCGCCAACAACGGCGGGGCCCCCCCUCUCAAACAGCCGCACGGAUCAGCACAUGUGGAUCGGGGUAUCGACAUGUUAAGAACAUGGGAAUGGGGAGCCUUGGAGCAAACUAAAGACACAGCCGUGCCGGUGGCCGUUGUUGACACAGGUGUGAAUUAUCUGCAUCCCGAGCUGUUUCCAUCGAUGUGGCUAAAUCUCAAGGAGGUGUACGGGCAGACGAAUGUAGAUGACGAUGGCAACGGAUUUGUAGAUGACGUCUUUGGCUGGAACUUUCUUGCAAAUAACAACAACCCCAUGGAUGACAAUGGACAUGGCUCUCAUGUUGCAGGUAUAUAUAUAUGCCACCACUCACGUUUGAUGGCCCUCAAAAUUCUUGACGCCUCUGGUGAAGGUGACGUCUCUCACGCAAUUCCAGCAAUCAAAUAUGCAACCGAUAACGGCGCCAGGGUCAUUACAAACUCUUGGGGAGGUGUUAGUGGUGAGCCGUAG